CUUCAUUACUACAUUAGAUAACGGAGGGUGGUUACAACACUUCAACAGUUAACAAUAUGGCACCGGUGCAAGUUCACGUUGAAUAUUGCGGUAGAUGAGGUUAUGCCCCUCGGUUUCAGCAGCUGAUGGAGGACAUCCUCUCAGCCCUGCCUGAGACUGAGGUGAAGGGGGAUGUUGGAAGAUCAACUAGCUUUGAGGUCACCAUAAAUGGACAUCUGAUGUUUUCAAAACUGAAGACAAAAGGUUUUCCGAUUUCGAAAGAUGUAAUCAAACAAAUUGAAGUGGCCAAACAGGGAGGAAAGUGUGAAGAAAUAACAAAUUCAGAAAGUCCUGGAUGCACCAUUCUGUAAAUGAGACUGACAAAUGUUACAAUGUCUUAAAAUUGAACACAUCUUCGUCUAUAGUUGUCAAGCAAAUGAUGAAAUUUAGAUAAAAUUUUCGUCUUUAUUUCUGAUAAAUUUUUGUUCAACUAUGGUAGAAGAUUUGAUUUGAUUUAAGAUAUUUUCUUAAAAGGACAUACAUGUUGUAUUUAAUUACGAUUUUUAUAUGUUAAUAUUAUUUAUACUAUUCCUUUGUACAUGUAUUUGCUGUAUUUGUGUCUUCGUUAAUGCAUACAUGCGUCUUCUGGAAGAUUCCAUGAAGGAGAAAUUGAAAGUUCAAAUCACUUUUCUUAAAAAUGUUUUUGGGUAUAUUAUUACAAAAUCAUUUUAUACUAAUGUGAAUUGUAUAUUUUGAGAACAUUGUUUAUGCUCAAGAAAAUCUAAUUAUGUUUAUUUUAUUGUAUGAGUAUCUGAGUAUUGUGAACUGUUUUAUAAUACAUCUUUGUAUGAAUUA